UCGACUUCGAUUUCGUCGUUUGAUACGUUGAAAACAUGGAGAAACGUGUUCUGUUCCUUUGCAACGUCUACUUGGUGUUCGUUCUUGUUAGUGCAAAACCACUUCCAGAAAAUUAUGAGGAUUUAGCAGCUAAAGACACUGUGCGCUAUCCGUACGCGUUCUGGUUAGGCAGGCCUAUUUAUGAUCGAGAUGAUGACGGUGAUAACACGUACUAUAAUUUGCAGCCUCAACGACGAACGUCUACUAUAUCAUACGCUAGUAUCGGGGGCGGUUGGGGUCGCUGAAAAGCUUUCAUCGAUUCGACGUGCUUCUUCGAUUCUCUGGAAACCACCGC